CAAAAAUAUAUCUUACCUGCCACUUUGCUCCGCAGAAUGGCAAAUCCUAAACAUUUGAAGCGAAACGAAAUCUUGGAAACAAGCUAUAAGAAAUCCGCCACUGAGUAAAGCUACUUCACCCAAACUCGACGGUGACAGUCAAUUCAUGGUUUCAAAAACCACCAGCGAGGCACUAACAGAAGCCAACAACAAGAAUCCGUUAGGAUGCAAGGGAGAUUCCUGUCCUAAACCAAACGACAACUCACAAGACAACAAAAAAUUUCGUGCCACCUCCUGCCUUGAUCAUUUGUUACAUGGCGCAUCCGCCUGCGGUAUGUACCAACUCUACGAUUCUUCCGGCAACAGUUUCCCAGCCUACUGUGACUUCAAGUCCGAGCCUGGUUUUGCAUGGACCCUGGUGAUGUCCUGGGCUAACAAAUAUCGUGCACUGUCAGCCCUACGCAGCAAACCCUUCAAGAAUAACGCUCCUGUGAACGAGAACUCUCUGAUCUGGAAAAUGUACCGCUUGAGUCUGACUCGAAUGAGGUCCCUACGGGCCCACUCCACUCACUGGCGCGCAACCUGCAGCUAUCCGACCCAUGGUGUUGAUUUUACAGAUUACGUCCGUGGUAGCUUUAAAGACUUUAACAUUGUUGACUAUAUUAAUGACGGCAAGCCGUGCAAGAAAGUGGAGUUCGUGAAUAUCCGUGGGCACAUGGGUAUUCAUCUCACUGCCAGUUUUUGGCAGAGUACUAGUUACACGUUGCACAUCGACAGCAGCCAUUCCGGCUGUAACUUCAACCCGAGGUCCGGCUCAGUGUCAAGUGAAGAUAACUUUGGCUAUUAUGGAGUCACCAACUCCAAGUUCCGUUGCACAGCAAGUGAUCUUUCCACCACCCAGUGGUGGUUUGGCGCCCAUCUGUGACCAGGAGUGGCACCAAAGGGUCUCCAAAACGACAGAAAACGAGGUUCUCAGCAUAUAAAUAUUCAUUCUGUAAACUAGAUUUA